UCCAGGUACUUACUUUGUCUACUCAUCACUAUUUCUACCUUUUUCACACUCUCAAUUACUCCUCCUACUCUCCAAAUCCAUGCAUAUCUAUCUUUGAUGCAUUUCUACCCCUCUCUCUCUCUAGCUUAGCUUACCUACAUUCUCUCUCUCCAUCAUCAUGCUUCCUUCUUUCUUCAUCUUCCUCCUCCUCUUCUCCGUCGCUGUCUCUGCCAAGAACCGCCGUGUUCUUCAUCAGCCAUUUUUCCCACAAGAUUCAUAUCCACCUUCUUCCUCUACUACUCCUAAAUACCCUUUUGAUUCUUCUUCUACUCCUAAUAACAACACUCCCUUUUUCCCCUCUUUCCCUUCUCCUCCACCACCUUCUGCUUAUGCUUCUUUUCCUGCUAAUAUUUCUUCUCUUAUCCUUCCUCAUUCACCCAAAUCCAAAAAUAUUUCAUCUAAACUUAUAGCUACUGCCAUCGCCUCUGUUCUUGCUGCUAUUCUUCUUAUCUUCUCUGCUAUCUUUGUCCACAGAAGAAGAGGAAGAAAUCAUGAUUCAAAUGAUAACAAAACACACAGAUCUAAUAGCAGCACUGCAGACCCAACUAAUAUUCCUAAAUUACAAAGACCAUCUCAGACCAGUUCUGAAUUUCUAUACUUGGGUACUAUGGUUAGUGCACACAAUCCUCCCCCUCCUACUUCAACAAAAGUGGACUCACCAGAGAUCCACCCGUUGCCCCCAUUACAUGGACACAGGAGUGCACAUGUUACAACUGAAGAUGAUGACGAGUUCUACUCCCCAACUCAAUCUUUAGAUGGUAGGGGAAGUUCCAUCGGAACUGGAUCGGCUUCGCGCAGGGAUUUUGCUGCCGUUGACGCCAACAAUUUUGCUGCCUCCACCUCAUCUUCUUCAUGCUCCUCUUCCACUUCCGAUUCGGGUGUAUCGCUGAGCAUUUCUCCACCCGUCAGUUUGAGUCCGAAAAAUUCACAGCCCAAGUCACCCGAAGUACUUGCUCUUCCUACUGCUCCGCUACCUCACUAUCAUUCUCCACCGCUAGCAGAUUUUGUACCUAUAUUGGUCAUUAACGGGGAAUCUGAUUCACCAUCUCCGCCCAGUUCAUCAUCUCCCGAGAGAUAUUCAAGCAGAAGUAUUGACUCAUCACCCAGAAUUUCCGAUGUUUGGGAUCAGAAUGUUGAAUCUCCCAUAAGAAUCAGCAAUCACAUACAGCAGAAUGCACCAGUUUCAGUUCCACCACCACCGCCACUUCCUCUUUUGAUUAGUAUUCCGGCUCGCGUACAGCCUCCACCACCGCCACCGCCACCGCCACCACCAGUUAAAAAUUGGGAUAGUCCAAAAACUCCAACACCACCAAUUUCAAAGCCACUAUCUAGACCUCCAGUUCUUGUAACUCCUUUAAGACCCAUAGAACUUGAUAGUCCAGUGCUGAUUUCCCCAAUGGAGUUGCCUUGUAAUAAGCAAACCAUUGAGAAGAAUGAGCAGAGUAUAGAAGGCUUAUCGAGUGAUUCUGGUGGGAACAAUGAGGAAACUCCAAAACCAAAGUUGAAGACUUUGCAUUGGGAUAAAGUAAGAGCUAGUUCUGAUCGGGAAAUGGUGUGGGAUCAACUGAAAUCAAGUUCAUUUAAAUUGGAUGAGGAGAUGAUAGAAAGCUUGUUUAUUGUGAAGAACCCAACUCUAAAUCCAAAAGAAAUGACUAGACGCCCUCUUCUUCCCUCGCAGAGCCAAGAGAAUAGGGUACUUGAUCCAAAGAAGUCACAAAAUAUUGCAAUUUUGCUAAGAGCACUAAAUGUAACUGUUGAGGAAGUAUGUGAAGCCCUUUUAGAAGGAAAUGCUGAUGCCCUAGGGACUGAGCUCCUUGAGAGUUUAUUGAAGAUGGCUCCAUCCAAAGAAGAAGAAUGCAAGCUGAAAGACUAUAAAGAUGAUACUCCGUUUAAGCUUGGGUCAGCCGAGAAGUUUCUCAAGGCAGUGCUUGAUAUACCUUUUUCAUUCAAAAGGGUAGAUGCUAUGCUGUACAUAUCAAAUUUUGAUUCUGAGGUUGACUACCUCAAAAAGUCAUUUGAAACUCUGGAGGCUGCUUGUGAAGAGUUGAGAAGCAAUAGAAUGUUCUUAAAGCUUCUGGAAGCAGUUCUGAAGACCGGUAACCGCAUGAAUGUUGGGACAAAUCGGGGUGAUGCACAUGCGUUCAAACUAGAUACCCUUCUAAAGCUUGUAGAUGUGAAGGGAGCUGAUGGGAAAACAACCCUCUUGCAUUUUGUGGUACAGGAGAUCAUAAGAAGUGAAGGUGCUCGUCUUUCUGGGGGAGAUCAAGAUCAACAGUCGGCCAUGAACGAUGACUUCAAGUGCCGGAAGCUUGGCCUCCAAGUUGUUUCGAACCUUAGUUCAGAGGUUGUAAAUGUUAAGAAAGCUGCUGCUAUGGAUUCAGAAGUGCUUCAUAGUGAGGUGUUAAAACUUUCUAAAGGGAUUGGAAACAUUGCUGAAGUUGUCCGAUCAACUGAAGCAGUUGGCUUGAAGGAAAGCAGCAUAGAAAGAUUUUCGGAGUCCAUGAGAAGGUUUAUGAAAAUGGCAGAAGAUGAGAUCAUAAGGCUCCAAGCUCUAGAAAGUGUUGCCAUGUCGUUGGUGAAAGAAAUAACUGAAUACUUCCAUGGAAAUUCAGCGAGAGAAGAGGCUCACCCUUUUAGGAUCUUUAUGGUGGUAAGAGACUUCCUAAUGGUUCUUGAUCGCGUUUGCAAAGAAGUUGGAAUGAUAAAUGAACGUACAGUAGUCAGUUCUGCCCACAAGUUUCCAGUUCCAGUAAAUCCAAAUCUACAGCCUACCAUUAGCUGGUUAACAGCAAAAUGGCAGCAUAGUUCAUCAGACGAGGACAGUUUAUCUGCUCAUUCGCAACAUUAGCUUAUAGCAGGCAGAACCCUAGUUUUUGUUUUUGGCCAAAACCAAUGUAAUGUACUAUAAAAGGCCAUCUAGGAGUUUGUCUGAGACUGUGCCUGCCUUCUGAGGUACAUGUUAUCUUUUUUUGAUAAUCUUGUAUUUAUAUAGUUCAUUGUAUAAGAUGUGGAAAGUUAUCAUUCCCAUAGAUAGAUAGAUAGAUAGAUAGAUAUAGGGCACCCCUUUAGAAAAUAACAAAGGCAUUUUGCCGGAAACAUUUUGUGUUUUAUAUAUCUCAAAGAUUAUUGAGUGUAUUCAAAUCAAGAAAAAGGGUGCAAAUAUUGUUGAGUGG